CCCUUUUUGUCUGCUGCGGGCAAGGGGCGGCUCCCCUUGAAGCUCCAACUCGAGCAAAUCCGUCCGAGCCAUGCCGAAGCGGAAAUCUCUGCCGAAGGCGCUGCCUGCGAAUGUGUCCUUCGUGGGAGGAGACAGCCAGCCCUCGUCCGGUGGCAAGACCCCAGCCCUGGCGGGCGGCGCUGAGAACGCCGUGAUUUCCUCCAUGAAGCCAGGCCCUGUGGUUGGAGCCUACACCAUCGCCGACAUCAAGCACAAGUUUCAGACGCUGGAUCAGAACGGCGACGGUAUCCUGAGUCGUGAGGAGCUGGCGGUGCUGCUGCGAAAGGGCCGAGAGGAUCUGACGGACGCGGAGCUGGAGGUUCUGUGGAAUGACAUCAACCACGACGGCGACGGGGGCAUAGACUUCGAUGAGUUUGUGGACUACCUCUUUGGCGUUUACUCGAAGGACGGCGCUAAGAUCGACUGGCGCGGCGCCGAGGAGGUCUUCCACACCAUCGCGUCCGCGGGGGGCAGGGCCUACAUCACCUACCACGAGUUCCUGGCGCUGUGCCGUCAGUUGGACAUCCUGGACGAGACUGGCUUUGGCAUUACUGAGGCGGAGGCUUUGUACCGACAGUGCAAGCUGCCGCGGCGGGGGCUCACCUUCGAGCGCUUCAAGGUGCUGGUUAAGAAGGUGGCCACCACGAAGAACGUGCCGUUGCGCACCGUGGUGAACUGGAUCGCCUCCUUCACCCCGGGCCGCGCCAACGAGGACAUCGUGGACAGCUGGGCGGCGUGCCACCAGGUGCCCGGGAGCCACUGAGGCGCGUCUAAGCGCCGGAGGUUUCGAAGGCGCGUGGGGUCCACACGUUUGUUUUGUGGUUCGAGUGAGGUAAAAGUGAAGAUUGGUGAGAUUGGCGAGAUACCCGCUUGUCUCCUUUGAGGAAAUGAGGUUUGAAAGCAUUGCUGAGGUUCAUGUCCG